ACUCCUCUUGUUUUUGUUUCUCUGCGGUCUUGACCCUCGUAUUUGCGCACAGACGGGUGGUCUACGAAUUCUGGGCCACCUUUGCCACGGAGGGACCGUCCAAGCCCACGCGCGUCCUGGCCUCGAGCGGCAGUGCCCCGUAACUACUCGUCUUCAACAAGCGGCGGCGUCUACGACGCAAUCCUUGGCUGCCUAACUGGCUUCCUCCCUCCGCUCAUUGCUGCUUCCUCCAGAGGAACGACAGAAAAUUUAGUUUGUUUUUUUUCGCUUACAAGGAAUCGGAAGGCAAUGAUUAGCAUCCUCAUUCAGGAGCGUGUUCUUGGCGCGGCCUUGGGGAGUGUUGUCGUGGGAGCCCUUGUUCUUGAGCAACGGAGGGGGAUAUACAGAUCGCUUCCUGAUAAUACAUUCGUUCGAUAUGAGGUAAACGUUCCAAAAACAAAGAAAACUUAUUGCAAGAACAAACAGUGCCGAAAGCACACCCUUCACAAGGUUACCCAGUAUAAAAAGGGUAAGGAUAGUCUGUCUGCUCAAGGAAAGCGGCGUUAUGACCGCAAACAGUCUGGUUAUGGUGGGCAGACCAAGCCUGUUUUCCACAAGAAG